AUGUCAAAUGAAAAUUAUUUAAAAGAAUCCGCAAAGUUUAUUAGAAAGGUUAUCAGCUUCACAAUAACUUAUAGGGCUGCUAUAGAAAGAAUAUAUAAUUUUUAGAGAGAGUUAAAAAUAACAAUCUUAUUCUCAAUAAAUCAUAAGAAUGGAAAUUUUGAGGAGAUAAGUUUAUUCUUUGAACAAAAUUUUAGAGAGUUACCUUUAUAGAAAUAUCUCCUUUUAUAAAAAACGACACUUAUUGUAAUUAGUAAGACAAAGUAAUUCCUAUAACAAUGGUAUGAUUUGAUAACGUCAUAAUUUAAGCAUAAAAAGCCAAGUAUUUUAUCACAUUAUUUUAUUCAAGACAUUAAAAUGAUUCAAUUUUACUUAUACGAAUCGCUGAAGUAUACUCAGAAUAUGAGCAUAAAGUUCCAUAGAGAAGAAUCAUAUUAUUUAUCUUAUAUUUUUUGCAAUGCUUCAAAGUAAGUAUUAGAAUAAUUGAAUGGAUUUAAGUUUAAAGUAUUUUCUCAUAAUUACAUCAUUUAGAUCUGGUAGCAUUCUUCAAGAGAAGUUUGGACUGAUAUAAUUAUGGGAAAUUAGUUAUUAUAAAAUCAGAAGUAAUUUUUUAAUCAUAAUAAAAAGUUAUUGAUUAGCUAGUGUUGAAUUUGAAAAUAGUCUAGUUAAAAUUCAAAAAAAUAUAAAUUAAAUAAUAAGUUAUAAAAUUGAGAAAAAUUUGCCAAAAGAUUAAGUCAAAAAGUAUGCUAUCAGAUAAGUAAUAAAGUUAAAAUUGAAUUUAGAUGGUUAUGCUAUUUCAUAUUUUUUUUUUACUUUGCCUCUCCUAUCUUUAUUCUAUAAUUUGUCAAAGUAUCAGGAACUAUUAAGAUUAUUGUAUUAUUUAAACAAGCAUAAUUAAUAUAAUGGAGAAUAAUCAAAAUUAUUGAAAGAUUUUAUCAAGCAGUACAAUUACAAAUUAUAGAUUUAUCGCUAAGAAUAAGGUGAAAUAUAGAAAAUAAUGUCACUUAUGUAUGAGGUGCCAUAAAUUAAGGCAGAAGAAAAUCCAAACUAUAUUGUGAACAUUUCUAUAAGAAAUAUCAAAUAUAGGAACUGAAUAAUCAAGCCUUUUUUAAAACCAAAUACUAAUUCACAUAAAUCAAAAAGAGAUGCUCCAUUAUAUUAAAGGGAAAAGAUAAGCGAUAGAAUAGUCCAACUAUGUAGUAAACAUAACCACUAUCUUAAUAUUAUGAUACUAAUAUUCUAGAAAAACAUGCAAUUUUUAAUAAAAAAUAAGUUGUUUCCUAAUUAAACAGUUAUUUUUAGGAUAACACAAUUAAUAUCAAUUUGAAACCAUCUUAGAAUUAGAAUUCGUUUCAAAGUUCAUAUCUAAAGUAAUCAACAUCCUUAAAGAAGAAUACUAAGAAAGAAAGCUUUUCAUAUAUUAAAUCAGAUAGAGAAUCUAUGAAAUAUUUGGAUUCAAUAAUACAAGGUUCAUUAAGGAAAGAGUCUUUCUAUUCUUAUAAUGAACUUAGUAAAGAAAUGGAGACCAAUAUUUCAGUCAAUAGUGAUGAGUAAAAGCAAUUGAAAACUGAAAGAUCAAUGUUAAGAUCACAGAGUUCAAGGGAACAAAAACGAGAAAUUAAUUAAUAAACUAAAAUGGCAAUUUUUAAUUUAAUUGAAGCUAAGUCAUUGUAUUAUAUGGAAUUCCAAAAGGCAAAUUCAAAAUUGGAGAAUAUCAAAUCAUUAAAGGAUUAGUAAUAGAAAAAGAUGAUCUCUGAUAAAUUGAUAUAAGACAUUAAAUAUAUCUAAAAGUAACCAUCUAUGAUAAUGAGUUCAGAUCAAUUAGAGGAGAAAGAUGGAAAAUAGAUUUACAAAGAUGUAUUCAAUGUAAAUUUAUAUCUUAAAUAUAUCUAUGUAGGAUCUAAAAAAAUUGGCGGACAACUAUGCAAGUAGAUUAUCAGAGUUUGAAAAGUCAUCAUCGAAUCGUCAAAGAAUAUAUACUUUAUAACACUAAGGGGUGAAUCAGUAAUACAAUGGAAACACAGCUAUCAACAAAUUUAAGGAAUUAUCCAAAUCAAUAUAAAAAUAAAAAGAAUUCUUUUGA